AUGCAUCUCAAAAACUUGCUCCUUCUUGCAUCUGCUGCCAUGGGCGCUAUUGCCCAGUACGACAACGGUCUCUACAACGACGUUCAGUACGACGACGUCCCGUACGACAUUUUUGCCGACGACAGCGGUCCACGGCCAAAGGCAAUCGUCUUUGAGAAGCGACAUUGUAAGGGACGACAACUGGUCUCAAUCUGGGACGAUCGCUGCAGAAAUCUUGCACCACACAUGUAA